AUGUCAUCUUUUUCGCAUUUAACUUGUCAGGAAGCUCUUUCUAUUCUCCAAUAUUUUACUUCUCGGAUUGACUAUAUUCAUUUUAUUCAAACAACAAAGAAAUUUCGAUUUGUAUUAGAAAUGUUUAACUCAAAUCCUAUUUCCUUAUUUGAAGCUAAAGGAUUAUUCACAAAUAUUUCUACUCAAAACUUAUUUACUAAAAAAGAUAGAAAAAUUCCUGGUAUGAAAAAGUAUAUAUUGUGGUAUGACGUUAAUUAUACUCGUUAUCUCAAAGAACUUGAACAUAAAAAUACUAUUUGUAAACAUGUUUUGUAUACUAAAGAAGAAAGAAUAAAGUACGGAAAUAAUAUUCCUUCUGGGGUAAAUAAAAUAGGUUCCCGUUGUUAUGAGUUAUGUGGUGACCUUAAUGAGUUAAGUCUUCCAACAACUAUAACUUCUUUAUCUGAAGGAUGUUUUAUGAGUUGUUUAAAACUGUCAUCAAUAAUUCUUCCAACAACAUUAUGUUCACUCCCACAUCUUUGUUUUUAUGAUUGUCCAUUACUUCAACAUGUUUUAUUACCAACUACAUUAACUUUAAUAGGUGACAACUGUUUUCAAAAAUGUCCAAAUCUUAUUUCUGUUCAACUACCAUCUCAUUUAAUCUGCCUUGGAGAUUCAUGUUUUUAUGAUUGUUAUAAUUUAACCUCAAUUGUUCUUCCUUCGUCAUUAACUUCUAUGGGUGAUUUUUGUUUCUCAAGAUGUGACAAUUUGACAACUGUUCGUCUUCCAUCAAAAUUUCUUUUUCCUAAAUACACUUUUUAUGAGUCACCUAAUGUUAUGGCAACUUUUUAA